AUGGCUUCCACGUCCGCCAGUGAGCGUAUCGAGGAAGCAAAGUCACUUGCAUCAAAGGACCCUGCCAAAGCUGAGCAAAUAUACCGGGACGUGCUAUCGGGCGGCGUUGGCAAGACUGAGUCGGCCUCAAGAGACUACGAGGCAGCUCUGGUUGGGCUGGGAGAGCUGUAUCGGGAUAACAAGAAGGCACAUGAGCUUGCUGAGCUAAUCAAAACGAGUCGUGAUGCAUUUUCUUCAUUUGCAAAGGCAAAGACAGCCAAGCUUGUGCGACAGCUCUUGGAUUUGCUGAGCGAGAUUCCGAACACGAUCGAGAUUCAGGUCGCCGUCAUCAAGUCAUCGAUAGAAUGGGCAGUCUCCGAGCGUCGAUCAUUCCUCCGACAGAGCUUAGAAACACGUUUAGUGGCAAUUUACAUGCAAAAGCAAUCCUACUACGAUGCUCUGACUUUGAUCAACUCUCUUCUCCGGGAGCUGAAGCGGCUGGACGACAAGGUUGUGUUGGUCGAGAUCCAGCUCUUGGAAUCACGAGUCUACCAUGCUCUAGGGAAUCAGCCCAAGGCACGCGCAGCCUUGACUUCAGCCCGUACUUCCGCCUCAGCCGUCUACACUCCUCCUACCUUACAAGCUGGUCUCGACAUGCAGAGUGGAAUGUUACACGCAGAAGAUAAGGAUUUCAACACGGCGUACUCAUACUUCAUCGAAGCUCUUGAAGGUUAUAGCUCCGUCGAUGAUACAGAAAAGGCCACGGCGGCACUGCAGUAUAUGCUUCUCUGCAAGAUUAUGCUCAACCUCGUAGAUGAUGUGACGAAUCUGCUCGGCUCAAAGCAAGCUUUGAAGUAUGCAAGCACACGACUUGAGGCCAUGAAAGCUGUUGCUCGUGCUCACGCCAACAGAUCUUUGGAAGAGUAUGAGAAGGCACUUUCGGAUUACCGAUACGAGCUUGGCGGCGACGUUUUCAUCCGCAACCACCUCCGCCGACUCUACGACGCCAUGCUGGAACAGAACCUUAUCAAGGUCAUUGAGCCAUUCAGUCGAGUAGAAAUUGAUCACAUUGCCAAAAUGGUUGGCUUAGAUACUCAGCAGGUGGAGAGGAAACUGUCACAGAUGAUUCUAGACAAGGUCAUCAUCGGUGUGUUGGACCAAGGAGCCGGCUGCUUGAUCGUCUUUGAGGAAACAGAGAGGGACAAAGGCUAUGAUGCGGCAUUGCAGACGAUUGAGAAGCUGAACAACGUAGUGGAGGUUUUGUACGCCAACCAAGCGUCCCUGUUGGAAUAG